GGGUACUCAUCCACACCGGCUAAGGGUAUAACUCUCUGACUGACUAUUCUUCGUCAUAUGUUAUAGCUUGCGCCCGUAUUUACGCUCUAUUUAUUGUCCUGCGUUUAUCCUCCCGGUCUGCUUAGAUUCCCCCUUACCUAGCUAUGACUGUCGGCAUUGAAUCCCCCAACGACCUCGACUUGUCGCUGCUGGACCUGCUCACGGCACCGUCGCUCCCGACCAGCAAAACUGCGCAUCGCAGACGAGAUGCUGAGCUAGACCCAUUACUGCUCGCUGCUGCUCUCGCCUCUGGUCCUCACGUUACCCGAAACCAUUAUCAUCAUGACUUCUUCCCGCCUGUUAUGGACCCCCAGGCACAGGGUGCAUAUGACUGGACCAAGUGGACUGGCGAGGAGGUCGGGUCGGAGAAGGAGGCGCGGAGGGGAUACACCUACUUGAGUCGCCAAGCUCCAAGAAGCAAGCGAUUACAGGCCCGCAACGUCAACGAAGCGUCCAAGGAAAAUCAUUCGUCCCCGACCGAGGUCGGCCCGCCCCUUCGGGCAAACGACCUCCCUGAGCCAACGGCAAAGAAGACCAGGUCGUCAUCGGUGUCGGUCGUUGUGGACACGAAUGCCGGCGCAGCCCCUGCGUCUGCGCGAUCUGCGCAAGUCGAGGUUAAAUGCAUGGCACGCACGCGCAUCCCGACGCCCCAUGGGCCCGCCUUCUUGCACCUCUACCACAACAAUCGGGAUAACAAGGAACACCUCGCAAUCGUCGUCGAUCCAGCGCAGCUCUCCUAUGAGUGCAACCCGCUCGCGCCGCCUAUCCGAAGCCGCUCGCUGGAUGCGAUCUGGUCGGAGACAGAGACGGAGAUGGACCGCAUAACCCGGGGUGCCUACGUCGGCCGCCUCUCCCCUGACUCUCAAACUCCAUCCAAGCCCCUCACUGAGCGCCCCGUGGUCAGCGGGGAUUCUAUCCCAUCACCGCUCAUCCGAAUUCAUUCGGAAUGCUUCACUGGCGAGACCAUCGGGAGCAUGCGCUGCGACUGCGGUGAGCAGUUAGAUGAGGCGAUCAGGCUGAUUUCGCAGCCCAUUACGAUACCUUCCGUAUCCCCUGAUGCCGCCCCGACCACUAUCCCUGGGCGGGGUGCAGUCGUGUACCUUCGUCAGGAAGGUAGGGGAAUCGGUCUCCUGUCCAAGAUACGAGCCUACAACCUACAGGACCUCGGACAUGAUACCGUCACCGCGAACUUAAUGCUCGGCCAUCAGGCGGAUGAGCGGGGAUACGAAAUCGCCGCAGCUAUAUUGCGAGACCUGGGACUCGGCACAGAGUGUGGGGAGGGCGUGCGCUUGCUCACGAACAACCCCGACAAGGUGCAGGCAUUGGAGCAAGAGGGAUUGCGUGUAGUGGAACGUGUGCCGAUGAUACCCCGGAGCUGGCAGAGACGGCACCGGCGUGCUGCUGAAAACGUCGUUCCCGCGCCGCUUGCUUUGGACGCUGAGGAUGAGGCGGAGAAGGAGCGGCGCUCGGGUGCUACACUUAUUGGCGGUGGAGCUGCUCACGGCGAGGAUUUGGAAAAAUACUUGCGGACGAAGGUUUUAAGGAUGGGCCAUAUGCUGCCCAUCUUCCCGGAGCGCACGGACAAGGAUGGUAUCGACGCAUAGGACAUCACUCUACUUCAACUGUAGGAUCUACAAGGAAUAUUUAUUAUACUCACCUCGCUAACAUCUUGUAACGUCGCACCCGCAUCAUUAGUCUCCUUUCGAGUCCAUAUUUUAUUCUUCGGCUUAUACAUAUCAGAAUCGUGGCUAUUGCAGAAUUAACAUCUUGAC